CGAGCGCCUGGGGAGCGCGCCCGGAGAGCCAAGAGGGAGGAGCGCGGUGAUCUCCGACAGCCGCCUGCCCGCCCCCGCGCCGCCCGCGCGCAACAGUUCCCCCAAAGUUGCAGCCCAGGAGGCGGGCGCGCACGGGCGGCCGAGGGGCGGGCGGCCAGCGGGGACGCGGCCUCGAGGCCCAGCGCGGAGAGUCCCGGCGGGCGGCGGCGGCGGCGGCGGCAUGGGCACCCGGCAGACCAAAGGCAGCCUGGCGGAGAGAGCCAGCCCCGGCGCCGCGCCGGGCCCCCGUCGCGAACGGCCAGACUUCUGGGCGUCGCUGCUGCUGCGCGCUGGGGACAAGGCGGGGCGCGCGGGCGCGGGGAUGCCCCCCUACCACCGGCGCGUCGGCAUGGUCCAGGAGCUGCUGCGGAUGGUGCGCCAGGGCCGGCGGGAGGAGGCGGGGACGCUGCUGCAGCACCUGCGCCAGGACCUGGGCAUGGAGUCGACCUCUCUGGAUGACGUUCUGUAUCGCUACGCCAGCUUCCGGAACCUGGUGGACCCCAUCACACACGACCUCAUCAUCAGCCUGGCACGCUACAUCCACUGUCCCAAGCCGGAAGGCGAUGCGCUGGGCGCCAUGGAGAAGCUGUGCCGACAGCUGACAUACCACCUCAGCCCCCACUCCCAGUGGAGACGGCACCGGGGGCUGGUGAAAAGGAAGCCACAGGCCUGUCUCAAGGCUGUCCUGGCGGGGAGCCCCCCAGACAACACAGUGGACCUGUCAGGCAUCCCACUGACCUCCCGAGACCUGGAGCGGGUGACCAGCUACCUGCAGCGCUGUGGGGAGCAGGUGGACAGUGUGGAGCUGGGCUUCACAGGCCUCACGGAUGACAUGGUCCUGCAGCUGCUGCCCGCACUCAGCACCCUGCCCCGCCUCACCACACUGGCGCUCAACGGCAACCAGCUGACCCGGGCCGUGCUGCGUGACCUCACUGACAUCCUUAAGGAUCCCAGCAAGUUCCCCAACGUCACGUGGAUUGACCUGGGCAACAACGUGGACAUCUUCUCCUUGCCCCAGCCCUUCCUGCUCAGCCUGCGCAAGCGAUCCCCAAAGCAGGGCCACCUGCCCACGAUCCUGGAGCUGGGUGAGGGCCCGGGCAGUGGGGAGGAGGUCUGGGAAGGGACAGUAGGCCAGGAGGACCCUGGAGGGGGCCCUGUGGCACCUGCCAAAGACCUUGAGGGCAAGGAGACUGUAGCUGCAGCUCAGACGUGACACGGAAGUGAGGGGCCUCACCAGGGAGUCCUUGUGGGGUGGAACGGCCAAGGCAGGCAGGGUAGGUGCUUCUCCUAUCAGGUGGGCUAAGGCUAUUGCCAAAAACUGGCCUGGGCAGCCCACCUACAGAGGCAGACCAUAGCAUCUGGGGAAGGGGACUUGUGAUACUUCCCAUUGGUCCUCUCCAUCUGCUCCCACAAAUCCCAUUACCUGUCGUUUGGCUCUUAAGUCAUCCCAGGCCCCAGAGACCCUUCUGAGCUCAGCCCAUGGCCUUCCCCAAAGACUUGUGGAAAUGGGCAUAUUGCUGGAGGUACUGGAAGCCUGAGCCAAUGUGAACACCAAGAGCUUUCCCCUAGAGAAGGAAUACAGCAGGGCCCCUACGUGCAUGACAUUUUUCAUUCGGGGGAAACAAGCUCCAACCAGAUGACCGUGUCCCCACUCAAGGGAGGUGAGAAUCUUUAGCAAGCCCUGUAACUCAAGAACCUGGGGAACUAUGCCCUUUGACACAACAGCCUAUGAUGCCCUGUGGUGCCCAUGCAUACAGGCAUCUAGUCCUGCUCAGAAAUCCCAUAUCCACCUUCCCUACAGGUGAAAAACUACUAACUUUUGUGUGGGCUCUGGUGUCAUAGCAUGCAGGCCAACUGACAAGCCUGGCUUCGUCACUUGCCAGUAUUUCACUGACUUACGCUGUAAGGACCCUUUCCCGUUAACUCUUAAGUAACCCACUAACACGUUCCAGAAAACCUACUGCAGAGGUAGGCUUUAAAACCUUAAAAACCUGGGACUAUGAAGACCAGUCCCUUGGCAGAUCCAACAAGAUGGCUGAGAGGGAGAAACAAAGGAGCCUAAUUUAGCAAAGGUUCUCAUCUUACCUCCCCUUACCCAUAUACUCUCCUAGUGAACAGGCCCCAUCAGUUAAGGAAACUCUUCUAACAGGCAACCCCUAGAUCCAGGUAGUUCAGUCCAGGGAGAAUGGGAGCAAUCACUCUUGAACCUUGUGGGCAAACAGUAUGGAGCACCCUCUGACAGACCUUGGUAGGCAAGAUUCCAACACAGGAAGGCCUGUCAAGAUGGGGCCUAGACUGUGGGGCCCUGUGUGCUGUUAAGGUUGUGGUUAGGAAUGGUGCAAUGCUGCAGGGGCUGGGAGAAAGCUACCCCAAGGGACAGAGAUGAGAGCAGCCGGGGCCAAAAUUGUCAAGGCCGUAAAUGCUCUGAGUUGUUGCCUUCAGUCUAAAGCUGUAUAAUAGGGGUUAAGAGCUUAGGCUGACCACAGGGAAGUUUACAAGCUAGAGCGCUAAUAUCUGGACUGCUAAUAUCUGACAAUAGUAGGCAAAAUUCACUUUCUCUUCAAAUACACAUUUUUAAGAAUCGAUACCAAAGACCAUCCUUUAUUGUAGUAUUAGUUCAUGGUAACUGCAUGAAAACAUUUCAGGAGGAAUUUACGAUUUCCAGCUUAAAGGACUUGGCCCCCCUCAACAUAACCUAUUUAUGAAAGUCCAUUCAUUAAAAAAAGGGAAAGAACCUGUUGGGCAGGAUGGCAAGGGACAAAGCUAGAACUUGGCCUGUGCCUUUGGAGGCUGAGGCAGGAGGACCAUCUGAGCCCAAGAGCUUGAGACUGGCCUGGGCAACAUAGCGAAUUGUCUCAACAAAAAAAAUUGUUUUUAAUUAGCCAGGUGUGGUGCUGUGAGCUGGAGUCCCAGCUGUGAGGCGGGAGGCUUGCUUGCCUGGGUGAUUGAGGCUGCAAUGAGCUGUGAUUGUGCCACCACACUCCAGCCUGGGCAACACAGCAAGACUGUCUCAAAA